AUGAAUAAUAAUAACAGUCAAUCAUCUCAGCAAUCUUCAUCAUCACAGUCAUCUACACCACCAAUACCUAAGCCGGCAAUACCCAAACUACUUAAGCUAUUACCACUUAAACCUUUAACAUCAUCUGCAUACAAACCACAACCAACUAUUUUAAAUAAUAACUUUAUUGUUAAUAAAUCUAUAAAUACACCUUUAAACUCUGGAACUUUAAAUAUCAAAGAUUCGACAACACCAACAACAACAACAACAACAACCACUACUACAACUACUACAACUAAUAAUAAUAAUACUUCACCUUUAAACAACAGCAAUAGUAAUAGUAAUAGUAAUAGUAAUAGUAAUAGUAAUAGUAAUAGUAAUAGUAAUAGUAAUAGUAAUAGUAAUAGUGAUGUUAAAGUAGAAUGUAAAUCACUUGGUAAUAAUACAUAUUUGAUCAAUGGUUAUAAUGUAAAGUUUCCUUUUCAACCGUAUGAAUGUCAAUCGACGAUGAUGCAUCAGAUUCUAGAGGCGCUGAAAGGUGGUCAUAAUGCACUGUUGGAAUCGGCAACCGGAACUGGAAAGACACUCUCAUUGCUCUGUGCUACUCUUGAAUGGCAAAUGGUAGAGUUUGUAAGACAACAAGAAAAUGCUAAAGUGAACGCUGCUGAGAAGGCAAAGAUCAAAGCUGCAAAGAAAUUGGCAAAGCAAAACAACAACAACAAACCAAAGGGAAAUGCAAACAAACCAAAGAAGAGUAAAUCAUCACCUAUCAACGUUAGUGUAAACACAACGUUCAGAACCGACGAUGAAUCACAACGAGCUUUAAGUGAUUCUGCAAUUGGUAAUAAUUUGAAAAAGACAAAGUUGGACGAUAAUAACUAUACAUAUGUUGGUGACACUGAUGAUGAUGAAGAAGAGGAGAAAGAGGAGAAAGAAGAUGAAGAUGAUGACGAUGAUGAAGAUGGCUCGAUAAACGUACCGACAAUCUUCUUUUGCUCGAGAACACACUCUCAGAUUAAACAGCUGACAGAUGAACUGAGAAAGACACCGUACCGACCGAGAAUGGUGGUUCUCGGUUCGAGAGAUCAGUACUGUGUCAAUUCAAAGCUGGAGGGUCUCUACUCAAAGAAAGAGCGUUGCAAGAAGAUGGUCAAAGACAAGGAGUGUAUCUUCCACCGGCAGUCAAAGACCUACAAUCUGGCGACGCAAUUCAGUGGUGCACCUCACCAGGUGUGGGACAUCGAGGAUUUCCGUGUGGCCGGUAAAGAAACCAGAGAAUGUCCGUACUUUGCAUCGAAAUCGAUGGUGCCCACUGCCAAUCUGAUAUUCUGUCCGUACAACUAUAUCAUUGACAUGUCUAUUCGUUCGCAUUUCAAAGACAAAUUCACCAAUUCGAUUGUGAUCUUUGACGAAGCUCACAAUAUUGAAGAUGCUUUGAUGUCUGCCGCUAGCUUCGACAUUGUCAGAGAGGAUCUACAGGAAUCGAUCUACACCAACUUGAAACCACACAUUCUCGAUUCAUUACUACCAGCCGGUAUGAUUGGAAAUCUAAAGAUCAUCUAUCAACUCGGUGAAGGAAUCAACAAUUGGUUGGAAAACAAGAUCAAAACAUUAAAAGAUAUUGAUUUUGAAAAACAAGCAAAUGUGUGGCAUGGAGUUCAAAUACUUGGAAUUCUAUCGGAAAUGGGUAUUCAUAAAGGAAAUUAUAGGUUUAUUUUAGAUACAUUCACAAAGAUUACAGAAGAGGAUUCAGAAGAUAAUAAUAGUGGUAGUAGUAGUAGUGGAAGUAGCGGUGGAAAUAGUACAACUGGCAGUCAAGUCAAUGGACAUCUAAUGAAUAAGGUACGUAAGGAAAUGGGAAUGCCACCACUUCCAAACAGAUCUGGUGGCAAUAGCAACGGCAACAAGAGAGAUACACCAGAUAUCUUGACACCCAAAACCUCUAUCAUUUUCAAUGAGAUACUCAAGACUGCUUGGUUCCUCUUUGAAUAUCCUGAAUACGUACCGGAUUUUAAAUUUGUUUUACAAAAACAAUCUGAAAUAGUUAGAGAAGGUACAAAGUGGAAACAUGUAUUUGGUAUUUGGUCAAUGAAUCCAAGAGUAGCAUUCAAAUCAAUCUCUGAAAAUACACGUUCCGUCAUCUUGACAUCCGGUACACUGUCGCCUCUCUCUUCGUUUGCCAGUGAAUUGGGUGCACCUUUUCCAAUUACAGCUGAACUUGGUAAUUUAGAAGAUAUUACAAAAAGAGUUUGGAUCGGUACAUUAGGUUUUGGUGCAAACAAUACUAAACUUGAUGCUACAUUCAAAUCAUCUGAUAUGCUUGUUUUUCAAGAUGCACUUGGUAAUGCUAUUCUAAAACACAUUGAAUUAAUCCCAGAUGGUGUUCUAGUAUUCUUCCCAUCCUACUUUUUUAUGGAUAAGAUGAUCUUGAGAUGGAAGAAAACUGGUGUCUACGAUUUAAUAGAUAGAAUUAAACCUAUUUUUACUGAACCCAAAUUUGCAAAAGAUUUCCAACCAGUUUUAAAUGAUUAUAACAAAGCGGUUCAAUCAAAAAGAGGUGGUUUACUUUUUUCGAUUUAUAGAGGUAAAGUUAGUGAAGGUAUUAAUUUUUCUGAUCAAUUCGCUAGAGGUGUCAUAAUCAUUGGUAUUCCUUAUCCAAAUUUCAAAGAUUUAAAGAUUGAUUUAAAAAAGAAAUAUAAUGAAUUAAAUUCAAAAAAAGGAAUGAUGAAUGGUAGUUCAUGGUAUAAUUUACAAGCAUAUAGAGCACUUAAUCAAGCUUUAGGUAGAUGCAUCAGACAUAAAGAUGACUUUGGUUCAAUUCUGUUGAUCGAUGAAAGAUUCACCAAUCCAUCAUUGUGGACUAAUUUCUCGAAAUGGGCGCGAGUCUGUAUUACGAACAAUAAGAACAUCAGCUCUUCUCUUACAUCGUUACAACAAUUCUUUUUGAAUCGUCAAAAGAUUGAAGCAGCCAAAGCCAACAAACAACAAUCAAAUGAUAAUGUUAUUACUAUUUAA